CCUAUGGAGCCAGGCGCCUGGGGGAACAGGACAACUGUCACUGAGUUCAUCCUUCUUGGCCUGACAGAAAACGUAAGACUGAAACCCAUCCUUUUUGUCGUCUUCCUCUUUGCCUAUGUACUCACCAUAGGGGGCAACUUCAGCAUCCUGGCUGCCGUCUUUGUGGAGCCCAAACUCCACACUCCCAUGUACUACUUCUUGGGGAACCUAUCUCUGCUGGACAUUGGAUGCAUCACUGUCACUGUCCCUCCAAUGCUAGCAUGUCUCCUGCCCCCCCAGUGCAGAGUCCCCUACGCUGCCUGCGUUUCACAGCUCUUCUUCUUCCACCUCCUGGCCGGUGUGGACUGUCACCUCCUGACAGCCAUGGCCUAUGACCGCUACCUGGCCAUCUGCCAGCCCCUCACCUAUAGCACCCGCAUGCGCCGUGAAGUCCGGGGUGCCCUGGUGGCCAUUUGCUGCACUAUCUCCUUUAUCAAUGCUCUGACUCACACAGUGGCUGUGUCUGUGCUUGACUUCUGCGGCCCUAAUGUGGUCAACCACUUCUACUGCGACCUCCCACCCCUUUUCCAGCUCUCCUGCUCCAGUAUCCACCUCAAUGGGCAGCUGCUUUUUGUGGGGGCCACUUUCAUGGGGGUGUUCCCCAUGAUCCUCAUCUCAGUGUCUUACGCCCACGUCACAGCUGCAGUGCUACGAAUCCGUUCAGCAGAGGGGAGGAAGAAGGCCUUCUCCACGUGUGGCUCCCACCUCACCGUGGUCUGUAUCUUUUAUGGAACUGGCUUCUUCAGUUACAUGCGUCUGGGCUCAGGGUCAGCCUCAGACAAAGACAAAGGGAUUGGGAUCCUCAAUACUAUCCUCAGCCCCAUGUUGAACCCACUCAUCUAUAGCCUCCGGAACCCUGAUGUGCAGGGCGCCCUGAAAAGGGUGCUGAUGGGGAAGCGGCCUCCUGAAUGA